AUGUCACCCGGCUCGGACGCUAGUGCUAAAAACAUGUUAGAAAAUACAGAAGAACAGAAUAAAGUUAAAGAUAAUAUAGUGUAUAAUGAUAAAAUAAAUACUUUCAGUGAACAACGUGAAAAUAAAGGUGUAGAAAAUAAGGAUAUUGAUACUGUUAUCAAAGUUAAAAGUGCUAUCCCUAGAAGACGACAGGAUCUACUGAAGUGGUACGGAUGGGGCUAUCAGGACUCGACGUUUAAAAUUUCUGAUGGCGUAGCAUUUUUUACUGGAAACAGAUACUUGCUGGGUGGAAAAAAACUACCGCACGCCCUACAAUUCAUAAAGGAAUACUUCAACGUAGAUAUAACCAAAGAUGCGAUACCACCACCACAACCCACGAGCUUUCAAGAGAGCAGGUUGCCCUCAACCAUUAAAGAAGAUUUGGAGAAGAUAGCGCCUCUCAGUACAGAUGGUAUGGACCGACUGAUAAGAGCCCACGGACAGACCUUGAAAGACGUCUACUGUCUGAGGAAGAACAGCUUCCAGAGAAUACCUGAUGCUGUUAUAUGGCCGCAGACACACCAACAGGUCGAAGAUAUAGUAAAGUGUGCGUCCAAACACAAGUUCGUGAUCAUUCCUUUCGGCGGCGGGACUUCUGUGUCAGGGUCAGUGACCUGUCCCGCUAAUGAAGAGAGACCCAUACUAGUGUUAGACACCACCGAUAUGAACGCUAUCCUGUGGUUGGACAAGGAACAAUUACUUGCGAGGGUCCAGGCGGGUAUACUAGGUCAGGACUUGGAGCGCGAGCUGCGUUCCCGGGGGUACACGGUCGGCCACGAGCCGGACUCGUAUGAGUUCUCCACCCUCGGCGGCUGGGUCGCCACACGAGCGAGCGGCAUGAAGAAGAACACGUAUGGAAAUAUAGAAGACCUGAUAGUACAGACCAAGAUCGUGACUCCUACGGGCGUGAUCGAGAGGAACUGUCGCGUGCCUCGUAUAUCGUGCGGCCCCGACUGGGAACACGUAGUGAUGGGCUCUGAAGGAUGUCUAGGAGUAGUCACCGAGGUGACAGUGAAGGUCCGUCCUCUCCCGCCGUGUGUUCGUUACGGCUCCCUCGUUUUCCCCGACUGGGAGGCUGGCUUCCACUUCGAGAGGGAGGUUGCUAGACAACGAGCACAACCUUCCAGCAUACGACUCAUGGAUAAUGAACAGUUCCGCCUAGGCCACGCGUUAAAAGAGCAGCAAUCGUGGGGCGGAGUCGUUCUAGAUGGUUUAAAGAAGUUCUACAUAACACGGAUCAAAGGCUUCGAUCCUUUGAAGCUGUGUGUCGUUACUCUAUUAAUAGAGGGCAGCACGGAACACGUCGCGCGCAAGGAGAAGAAAUUAAACGCUAUAGCGGCGGAGUAUGGAGGCGUGCCGGGCGGAGCGAGGAACGGGGAGAUAGGAUAUACGCUGACAUUCGUCAUCGCUUACAUACGGGAUCUCGCGUUAGACUACGACAUAGUAGCGGAAUCCUUCGAGACGUCUGUAUCGUGGGAGAGGACUCUGGCUCUUUGUAAAAACACUAAAGAACGAGUGAGGAAGGAGUGUCGAGAUAGAAACAUUCAGGAGUACAUUAUAUCGUGCAGGCUCACGCAGACAUACGACGCGGGCUGCUGUAUAUAUUUCUACUUCGCCUUCAAGACAGACCUGAGCAUGGAUGCGGUUCGAAUGUACGAAGACAUUGAGGAAGCGGCCCGCGACGAAAUAAUCGCUAACGGAGGUUCCAUAUCUCAUCACCACGGCGUGGGUAAGCUUCGUAAGAAGUGGUACACACAGACAGUGAGCGAACCCGGGAGGCGGCUACUACUAGCUACGAAAAAAGCUCUAGACCCUGAUAAUAUAUUCGCGUUAGGAAAUAUGGCGUAUGAUCAAUACAUGAACGAGGAACUGGGGCUAAAAAGCAAGCUAUAA